GACGUGGAAGGAACUUCACGAAAGAGAAGGAAGCGAAAGAAGCACAAAGAACACCGGAGAGAUAUAGGUGCGCUGAAAGACAUGGCGUUAAUCAGUUUAGAUCAAUGGUUUAUUUGAAACAGACGUUUCUAUAAUUUUGUGCCUUGCCAGAAACCCGUUAUCAAUCAGUCGAAAACCGUUUGUUGAAAGUCCGGAGAGCGGCCAAUUAAGAGCACCUGCAUCUCAAAUUAACCUCUGAUUGAAUGGAAGUCUCUGACUUUAUUUUAAGGAAGUCGUGGCCUGUGUAAAGACGCCCCCUCCCUCAAAAAAUCGAAGAGAGAGUCUCUAUCCUCGAUAUUUUCAUCGGAUGGGGCGUCUGUAGACAGGCCAAGGAAGUGGUGAAAAUAAAGUUAAGUCUUUUCGUUUGUCGUCGUAAAACAGUAGUGAAUGUUGGAACAAUCAGUUUAGAAUGUUUGGAUAAUCAACUGAUCAAAAUCAGUACCCGUUUUUCGGGUAGUGACGUCACUGAACAGCAUUAGCGCUCGUUGAUUUAGACGUUUUUCUCGAGUGUUUGCGACUCACCUGGAUCAAACUACGAUGAAACACGGGAAUGAAAAUACUUCAUGCAUGAAUGUUAAAAAAACGUGAAGACGCCAAACACGUUUCCUAGUUAACCUUGAAAUCAUCUCUUCUUGUAAACUGUUACUAGACUACAAAUAACACCAACCCUUUUUAAAUAUCCGAAAGUAAUGACUACCCGAAAGAAACGACCUCUUUAAUCUGAUGUCCUCCUGUUACUUUCCAAGUUGUACUGUAACAGCUUAUUUUGUUCAUGAAAUCCGAUAUCAACAUGAUCAAGCAGCUAAAACAGAUUUGUUUAAAGACCUCUGAGAAAGGCAAAUUUGCGUGGCUGCAGCACAGUCCUUAGAACCUUUGAUGGAUUGGAAGUCUGUGUCUUUAUCAUAGUACCCUCUUAUGAGAAAGUCUUAAGAAGUUAUGUACAUUAAAUGAAAACUUUUCGGUUGUUCUUUUGUACAUUUAGGUGACGAAGAAUCUCCAGGGAAGAGAAAGAAAAGAAAGCGGCAUAAAGCGCAUCGGGUGACUGAAGGUUGGCUAAAAGUCAGCAUCAUGUAAAUCAAUAGUUCAUACAAAACAACCUAGAAAAUACUUCACAACAAUAUAAACAGAACGUAACCUUACUUUGUUCCGUGAAACUCGGUAUCAAAGCAAACAUACGGUAUUUUGUUUUUUAAAUUUGAAAUUCAAUUUGAUUGAUUGAGCAUGUGUGCUUGGUUUUAUAACAUCUGUUUGUAACCGGUCAUAGAAAGUGAUGAACUGAAUCCUGAAAUUAAAUGUUUCGUUUGUUUAUUUUUCAUAUCAAGGUGACGAAGAACUUCGUCGAAAGAAAAGCAAAAGAGAAUAGGAUAAAGGACAGCGGAUGACUGAAGCAGAAGGUUCGCUGAAUGUAAUAAUCAUUUCCCGUAUUUACUUGAAUAAGCGCCGCGGUGCUUAUAAAAAUUUGCACGCCUCAGAUGCGGCGCUUAUUCGAUGGCGGCGUUUAUUUGAAAGUUAGACUCCACAAAGGAUUAUUAACUAUGGUAUUAUUAUUUUCCGUAUUAAUUUAUUACAGAAUUAACAUCUUUUGAUUUUGAUUAUAUCAGGGCGGCGGUGCUUAUUUGAGUAAAGACGGUAUUUAAAUUCAAUCGUUUUAAUAACAUGUACCAGUACAAUUGUAUCUAUAUUACCUCCAGCAACAGUUGUUUUAUGAAAGGGUAGAAAAAAAAAUUACUCGAGGGUAAUCGGCUGCUAUAGCCACAUGCACUCACUCAAGUUUCCUUUUUUUUCUACUUCUGUCACCAGUAUAAGAAAUUUAUGGAGUUAAUUUGGCGAUUAACACCCUGGUUGAUUGAGUACCCAUGAGACACUAGCGAGCCCCAGUUAACAGUUUCCGCGUUACAACCAUUUUCAUUUUAUGUAGUAAACCUAACCGACCGUUAUAAAUAAACAAACUACAAACUGUAUAUUAUUACAAAAAAAAAGUCAGGAUCGAGGUCUUAGAUGAAAGGUUCCUUGCGAUACACCUUGGUAUGUUGUGUAAGAUUUUCCAAGGAGACAUUUUCCCGUGUUAGCUUCAGGGGUCAAUGAAUGGACAUUUUAUGACAUAUUGCAUGAGUGCUUCAAAUAAUUGCAAAACUAAACCGCAUCGUAUUGAGGGAGUAGUAUACUUAAAGGCCAUGAGUAUGUAAUUAGUGUUUCGCGCUGCACUAUAAUGUCACUUGGGGGUGAUCCUAAUUUGUAGCUUUAUUUCACUGCAGAUGGUCCGGUUUUUGCGGGAGCUCCUAUAAUUCCUAUAGAGUGCAUUGAUCCAGCCACGGUCUGGCACCCUUCGAUGAAAACCUCCCUCUUAAUUCAUGGUUUGCGGGGAUCGCCACUGUUUGGCCGGGAAAUUGUAACAGUGGUUCUGUUACGUUCUUAG